AUUAUUUGAUUUCUAUCUAAUUAGUUGUGAUAGAGUACAAUAAUGGUCUUCAAAAUUUUGCUCUUCCUCUUCUUUGCCAUUCUCUUAGUUACUACAAAGGUUUCAGCUGAUGAAUUUGAGAAUGGACAGGCCAAGAAGCCGAAGGCACCAACUCCCGACAACAUGCAAACUCCACCACUUUCAAUAAACAAGAAAAUCAUGAGUAUUGGGAUGUUCCGCCCGAUCGUGUUCCCGCGUGGGGGGUUCGGCGGCGGAAGGGCAUUUCCAAAGCCGAGGCCGAAUCCGAAUCCGAAUCCAAAGCUGACGCCCAAGCAGCCGCCCCAAAAUGACAAAAAGCCAAACCCGACGCCAAAGCAGCCGCCCCAAAAUGACAAAAAGCCAAAGCCGAAGGAAGAGAAUAAGGACAAGCCAGAUGAUAAGGACCUUCAGGUACCUUCCCAACCUGACUCCCCUUCGCCACCUCCACCAUCUUCAGCACCAGCUCCCUCACCUCAAGAUGAGAACGUGCCGGCUUCGGCACCCGGAGAGACACCAGCUCCCCCACCUCAAGAUGACAACUUACCGGCCUCGGCACCCGUAGAGACACCAGCUCCCUCACCUCAAGAUGACAACGUAUUGGCACCAUCCUUUUAAGUCUUGAACCAAAGGCCGCUCCGAUAAUAAGUGAGACCUAAGGCGAAAAUUAUAACCUGUGUUUUUUUUUUUUUUUUUGCCUUUUUUUUAGUGUUCCUUCCUACUUUACAAACAAAGGCUUGUAUCAAAUAAUAUUGGGUCUCAACUCUGAAAACUAAGUAAUAGCAUAACCAAUUUAUGAAA